AUGGCUUCAACACAAGGUGGCCUGCAGAGGCGUCGAGGAGCUGGCGCUGCAACCUCAUCAGCGGGGCCGAGCACUUCUGCAGCACGUAUCGAUGAUGACGACUUCGCUUCGCGCAUCGCCUCGCCCGCAAACGCUGGCGCAUCUACACCCACCUCAUCGCGAAAUCCGGCUGGCAUUCCCGCUUCAGCCUAUGGCUCACGCUCAGCUACCGGCUCGGUGACAACAUACGACGAAUCGAUAGGGCAUCGCGUUGCUUACGAUCCGCGUGAUUUGAAUGACGAGAAGGAGAUUGUCGAGAACCCGCGUUUGACCCUUAUGGAAGAGAUCCUUCUCCUCGGCUUGAAAGAUAGACAAGGCUACCUCUCCUUCUGGAACGACAACAUCUCUUAUACCCUGCGCGGCUGCAUCCUGAUCGAGCUCGCGCUUCGUCGUAGGAUUGCAAUUACCAAAGAUCCAAUGCGAAAGAGGUUCGGCCUGACGGAGAGGGUGAUCGAUGUGAUUGAUGGGAAGAUGACUGGAGAGGUGUUGCUAGAUGAGGCGCUGAAGAUGAUGAAGGCAAGCGAUCCUAUGUCCGUCGGCCAAUGGGUUGAUCUCAUGAGUGGCGAGACAUGGAACGUCAUGAAGAUCGGAUACCAACUCAAACAAGUGCGCGAGCGUCUAGCAAAAGGUCUCGUCGACAAAGGCAUCCUCCGCACAGAGAAGCGCAACUUCCUCCUCUUUGAUAUGGCAACGCAUCCGCUCAACGAUUCCAGUGUCAAAGAUGCUGUCUUGCGGCGUGUCCUCGCCCUUCUCACAUCCACUUCACCUACCGUCCACGCCAACACAUUCUACAAAGAAGACUCUUGGUCCUCAGGGAGACCGGUCGCUCUCCGCGUAACACGUGCACUGUGUCUCCUUUGCUGCUCAUUUUCAGCUAACGUCCUGGAGAAUGCACUCAACCAUCUUUCGUACGAAGCAAGAGAAUCAGCCUUCCAAAAAGCAGAUGACAUUUUGGAGGAGUUUGCAAAUUGGCCGAUGGCGCCAAGUUCAGGACUGGCAAGUGGAGGUGUCGGUGGUGGAUCAGGGGGUGUGCCGACUUCGAUCUCGUCGAAUGGGCCAAAGGGGAAAGCAAACGGUGGGGCGAGAAUUGGUGAAGGAUCUAUGAUCAAGGAGCGAUCCUACGAUGAAGGGAAUGUGGGAGCUUCAGUGCCAGAGCUGGCGAAAGCAUUGCAGAAGGAGCUGGAACAGGAGGGAGAUGCGUUUAUGUUUGAAUGCAUUGCUGCUGUUUUGAGCGUACUCAGUAGAAUGGACUCGCUGCUAUAG